AUGUCGGGAGAGGCCCCCGAGGCAGGCGUCGCAGAGACACCGACCAACCCUGCGCAGCAGGCCGAGCAGCCCGUCCAGUCGAUUGAACAAGAUGGUGAUGGAAAGAGUCGCGAAAACAACACUUUUGCUGAGAACAAAAGCUAUGAUGCUGCAAAUGCUGGCAGUGAAGCCCCGGCAGCCACAGCCACAGCAACACCGACACCGACAGCAGCAGCUCCGGCGCAACCAACGGCCAGCGAAGUCACCGCCGAUCAAUGGAGGUCUAUGAUGGAUGUUGUGAUGGCAAUCUAUGACUUUAGAGAAGAAGACGACUACGAUCCCUCGAGACUUUUCCAUCGCAGUGUCAACAAACGAUAUGUGCCUGAUUACUAUGAUAUCAUCAAAGAACCCAUGGCACUCAGUAUCUUGAAACAAAAGAUCAACAAACGGGAAUAUACCAAGUUUGAACAAUUUGUCCGAGAUUGCGCGUUGAUUACACAUAAUGCGCAAACCUAUAAUAGACCGGAGUCACAAGCCUACAGGGAUGCGCUUGUCAUUAAGGACGUGUUUAUCGGGGAAUUCAAAAAACUCGUCGAAAGCGGCAUCAUCACGGCAGAAGCAGCAGAAAUGCCCGACCUAGGUGAAAUCCCAGAGGCUGAUCCACUCCCUAUCGAGGACGACGACGAUGAGGAUGAUGAAGACGACGAAGAUGAUGAGGACGAUGAUUCUGACGACGGAGAUGGACGACGAAGACGACGCCGUGGUCCGGGAAGGAAAAAUGCUUCACAGAACCAAGACCAGGAAGUCCGAAAAAAGCGAGGUCGACCUCCGCGUGUUGACACGCCAAUGGAAGCCAGAAUCAAAGCGGUCUUGAAGGGACUACGGAAAUUCAAGGAUAAUAGCGGCCAGCUUAAGGUGCGCCACUUUGAGAGGUUGCCUGAUAAAGCAAUGUAUCCCGACUAUUUCAUGGAAAUCAGAGAACCCAUGGCUAUUGAUUCGAUCAAGCGGAAAUCUAAGCGAAAGAAGUACCACUCUGUUGAUCAUUUCAUGCGCGACGUUGAUACAAUGUUCAACAAUGCCAAAUCAUACAACGAGCCGAACAGCCAGAUCUACAAGGAUGCGGAGGAUCUUCAAGUGGAAGCACACAAACUAGCCGAACAAGAAAAACGAAAGCCAGACAGCGAAUACUUGAUGGAGGACGGUCGGUUGCCUUUGCCCCAAGGUAUUGUACACAAUGGCGAGCUGUGGAAAGUUGGCGACUGGGUGCAUAUUCAAAAUCCAAACGAUGUAACAAAACCAAUUGUGGCUCAGAUUUACCGGACAUGGCAAGAUUCUGAGGGAGAGAAAUGGGUAAAUGCAUGCUGGUACUACCGGCCCGAACAGACAGUGCAUCAUUUCGAAAAACAUUUCUAUCCCAAUGAGGUGGUCAAGACUGGGCAAUACCGGGACCAUCGUAUCGAUGAAGUGAUUGACCGUUGCUUCGUCAUGUUCUUCACCCGGUAUAACCGAGGACGGCCGCGCGGGUUCCCACUAGACAAGGAGAUAUAUGUCUGCGAAGCGCGGUACAACGAAGAGAAGCACAAGUUGAACAAGAUCAAGACCUGGGCGAGCUGUUUACCGGACGAAGUUCGGGAAAAGGACUACGAGAUGGAUUUGUACGAUGUUCCGCGUCGUAUCAAGAAGGUUCCUAGUCCUAUCAAACAUUUACUCGCGCCGGACGCCAAAGAGACGGAUGAUGUGCCAAAACCGACAUGGGGGGCAGAGAAAGCGCCCCCCUUAGUAGGCGCAGUACAUCGGCGCCCACGGGAUGAAAAUGAAUCUCCACCACCGGAGCCGACUCCAUCUCCACCUCCGCAACCCAUGCAUCGGCCCAAUCUUCCUGCUUCACUGCCUCAGCAGCCUUCAAUGCCAUUACCGUUACCACGUGCGCCACUUCAUCAAGACAACGUCAGUCAAAGCCCAAUGGGCACUGUCGGGAAUAUCGCACCAGUGAGGUCGCCAGCUGUCGGGGCAUCUCUUCAAAUGGGAAUAUCUAACAUGCCCACCAAUGUCCCGGUACAACCCUAUCAAGCGCAGGCUGUACCGAGCCCGACGCCUUAUUACCAACCUCUUCAAGCACGCACCACCCCUUACGCUACUUCCUCAGCACAUCCAAGCACGUAUCAAUCAACCCCAGUGCAACAACCCGUGGCAUCAGCCGUGCCUCACCCUCCUCAGUCACCAUACCCCCAAACAGCUGCACAACCAUCACCAUACGCCACCGCAAACCGCUAUCCAGCGCCAUCUCCAGCACCGGCCCCAGCUCCCGCAGCACCAGUGUACAACCCCAACGCUCCCCGACCCAUUGAAGUAUUCCAUCUGAGCGACGCAGCAAACGCCGCUAUCCCAGCGGAAGUUCGCUCUGAAUUCCACUGCGACGAUCGCGGGCGCGUUCUGUUCUUUUCGACUCCGCCAAUGGACAUGGUCUCUUCUGCAACGAUAGCAAAGAAGCAUCUAAGCCAUUCCUUAGAAUACCUCGCAGCAAAAGCGGCAAGGGAAGAACAACGCAAACGUCGACGUGAAGAAGAGCAGCAGCGGCAGCAAGACGCCAUGGCUAUCGACACGGACGAGCAACAACCUAAACGCCCACGCCUCGACACAGAGACAGUCAACCCCUCCCGAUUAAAUAACCUAAUCUCAAAAACAGUCUCCCUACUCGCCAAAAACAUCACAACCGGCACCUCCAUCUUCUACAAAACCGUCUACCCCGAUAAAAAGAUUCGGCAAGAACACCAAAUCGCAGACGCACAAGAACGCGAAUACGAAAUCAAAACAUACACGCUCGCAAAGAAAGAAGCAGACCAAUUAAAGGCUGCGACGAUGGAUGAGUUUGCACCGAAGACGACGGAUCUUAAGCGUGGGGGGGUUUAUUUGGAGGAUAUUAACUAA